AUGUCCUUAACGAUUCAGAUUCGGUGGGGAUACGACGCUUCUACUGCCUACGGAUGCAUCGAUAAGAUCGAGAUGUUCGAGGAAGAACGCGGGGAAGCCAGCCACCUCCAGGUUAUACAGAGCGCCGAGAACCGUCACGCGUGCAAAGACUUGCCUUCUGCGGCGAUGUAUGACGCGCUUUGCUUCUCACGCGUGUGCACCAUCUACCACAAUUUCACGCCAGGUCGCCAAUUUCCGAAUGAGGGGUGCUUUGGGAGAGAGAAAAACAGACCUAGUCCCUAA